GGCAUUUGCUUUUGUACGUGUGAGUGACGCCAUAUUUUACGUUUUUUGUGUAAUAGAAAUAGAUUUUGAAUAGUGCUGGGCUGGAUUACUUUACAAAACGAUGGCGGAUGAAGAGGCACAAUCAGAGGGUGUUGUGCAGCGGCCCAGAUGUUUUUUUGACGUAUCUAUUGGUGGAUUAGGUAGUGGGAGAAUUGUAUUUGAAUUAUUUACAGACGUAGCUCCUAAGUCUUGUGAGAAUUUUAGAGCUCUCUGUACUGGUGAGAAAGGUCUCGGAGAGCAGACAAAAAAGCCACUACACUAUAAGGGGGUAAUUUUUCAUCGUGUAGUAAAAGACUUUAUAAUACAAGGUGGUGAUUUUUCAAACGGCAAUGGGACGGGAGGAGAAAGUAUAUAUGGAGGAAUUUUUGAAGAUGAAAACUUUGACCUUAAGCACGAUAAACCAUUCCUUCUGUCGAUGGCGAAUCGUGGAAAAGACACCAACGGUUCGCAGUUCUUUAUUACGACUCAACCGGCCCCACACCUCGACAAUGUUCAUGUGGUUUUUGGAAGAGUUAUCGGUGGUAUUGACGUUGUGAGACAAGUCGAAGCCCUGCCAGUGGACGCUAACAGUAGACCCCUGCAGGACGCGAAAAUCAUCAAGUGCGGGGAACUUGUUAAACAAGUAAAAGCUAAAAAGGAAAAGAAGCAAAAAGAGGAAACCGAGGAGAAGUCGGACGUGGAAGAGGAAAAGAAGCAUAAGAAGAAGCACAAGAAAGAGAAGAAAAGGGACAAAAAAGAUAAAAAACACAGCAAAGACGUCGAUCAUCACACGGAAGAGGAAGGGGAAGUGGUGGAACCCCAUCCUUUGGUAACCGUGACCGAUAUAAACCCGGAGGAUAUACCCGACGUACCUGUAAAUAAGUUUUUAAUGAGAGGCGGUGACAGCAGAAAGGACGCAGAUAAAAGAAGCGAUAGAAAAGAUUCCGGAAGAGACGCAGGUUUUCGCGACAACAGAGAUAGAGGCAGGCGAGAUUGGGGUAACGGAUAUAACAGACGGGGAAGGCCCAUGACGACGAAAAGCGGGAGAACGAUUAAAGGGCGUGGAAAAUUUCGGUACAGAACACCGUCGCGGAGCCGAUCUAGAAGCAUCACGCCCAUCCACUGGAAAAAGGAGGAAUCCAGGAUAAUAAAACUGUCUGAUUUCGAGAAGCUUGGGGAGCAACGUCGACGCAUCGAGGAGAAGAGGAACCUCAACGGCAAAGAGAACUCGGAAAAGAACAAGUCCAAGGAGAGGUACAGACAAAGGUCGGCCUCUCCGCAGACCCCUAAAGGGAAGGGAAAAGGCGUGGACUACAACGCUUUGGAUUACGAGGAUCACAGCGAGGAAGAGAACGAGCUUCUGAAGAAGCAGGUUCCGAGUUUGGUGCAGUAUCCGCUUCCCGGGGCUUACAACAAGUUCAAGACGGUGGAGGAGGUGCAGAAGGAGAUGGAACUCCAGAAGGAGCAGGAGCAGGAGGUAGCCGCUAUCAAUAAGAGGUCCGAUUUCUUGGCUAUGGCUCUGGGCGUGGAGAUAAAAACGGGCGAGGACUCCCCCACCGGCGAGAUAACGAUGAGCGGCUUCAGCAAGCAGAAACGCAAAAACAGCUAUCCGCAGCACUUCGACAACAAAAAUCAAGAGGUCAACAUGAGGCUGCUCAAGCUGGCCGGUCAGGACAACGUCCAGAUACCCUCCCAGCUGGUGUGUAAUAUGGAGGAGAAGAGGGGCGGUCGCAAUAAGUUCGAGACGGAGAAACCCGCGCAGGGGGACGCCCGGGUGUACAGGAACGGCAGGUUCGAGGAUAACCGGCACAGGCCCGACAAGCGGCCCUUCAACGAUCGGCGGCCUUUUCUUCCCGUUAGGAGGGAGAUGGAGAGGAGGGACAGGGAUAGGGUGUACAAGGACAAAGUGGAGAGGACGAUGAGGGAAAGGAGGAGAAGGUCCCCUAGAAGGUCGAAAUCGAAGGAGAGAACGCGUAGGAGGUCCCACUCCCAUUCAAGGAAGUCGCGAAGCAGGGACAGGACCAGGAAGAGGUCUAAGUCGAAGUCUGCGGAGAAGAGCCCCAAGAAACCCGAAGUUAAAGAGAAAGACAUCCUCAAGGCGGACAAGGACGCCGAGGAAAAAUACAAGAAGUUGCUGAUACUGAGGAAGAAAAUGGAAUUGCUGGAGUUGAAGAAGAAGAAAGAGGAGGAGCAACGGUUGAUUGAGGAGAGGCAGAGGAAAGCGAAGGAAGAGAGCGAGAUGCUAGAGAAAGCCAAGAAAGCGAAGCGGGAGGCCAUCGAGAAGGAGAAGUUGUUGAAAACUUAUAAGGUCCUGCAAGAGUUGGACGGGAAGAAGGAGUCCGAGAGGAAGAGGAGUUACAGCUCCAGCUCAAGCAGCAGCAGCUAUUCCGAUAGUUCUAGCGGAAGGUCAAGAAAGAAAUCGAGGAGGUCCAGAAGCAGGUCCAAGGCGAGAGCUAGGAGGAGAUCGUCCAGCAGCUCCCGAAGCAGGUCUAAGAAUCGCCACCACACUCCGAGAAAACACCGUAGAUAAUUCCGUACGGGAUUAUGUAAGGCUACGUAUUUCUUAUUGUAAUUGGAGUGUAAAUUACGUUUAUUUUAGUUAUGUUACAGGAUUAAAAUCUGCAAUUGUUAA